AUGUCCAGCAGCACUCUCCUUCGGGCCAUUCUCAGGGAGUUGCGUCAGACUUCUACUUCACCUCAGUUUCGUCAGAAUGAACAUACUACCGAGCAAAGUUGUUCGCCUAUGCACGAAAGCAUACUUUUGGCAGAUACAUAUUUAAAUCUUCUCCAAAGCGUCGCAAGACACCAAGAACUUGUGAAUACUUAUAAGUGCCGCGAAAAGACAACUUCAGAGGCUGCUAACUUGGUUGGACUCUCCCUCCCUAAAACCUACAGUGAUCAAUAG